AUGCGGAAGGAGGCGCGAUCGGCCUCGGGUACCUCAGAGGCCCAAGUUGGCGCGAGUCAAGCUUCUGAAGUGAGCUCUGAGUGCAUGGAACGACUUGAGCGACUCCUCGAGGGGAUGACAGUGCAGCAAGCCCAGUUUAUGUCGAAUUAG